GUAUUUACAGAUACCGUAGCUGCCGCCAAGGCUCAGCAGGAGGCAGCAGAGGCAGAACGUCAGCGGCUGGCCAAUGAGGCGGCAGCCCAAGCUCAGCAGACUGUUGAGGCUGACGCAGCGGCACGAGACCAACGGAAUGCCGCCAGUACGGAGUCCCUGAUUCAUAGUGAAAGUCAGUGGACAACGUUCCUCCAAGGCAUUAUCUUUGUGCCUUCGGACGCGCAGGCAGAUCCGACACCGGCGGAGGCAGAGAGGACUCACCUGGCUAACUUGAUGCUGGGCAUAAUGAGAGGCAUCAUGUGGAAUAACACACUGCUGCACGCACAUCUGCGCACGGAACGACAGCAGCGACAAAAGUACCAGCAAGACAUUGCUGUUUUAACAACUGCCAUCCGCGCCGAAGCAACGCAGCAGCAGCAACAGCAUCAGCUGUUGAACUCCGCUCUCGCACGCAUCAACAGCGUUGAGGCUAACGCCUCAGCAGCGCCAGGCUGCACGACAGACGCGACGAAGCAACUCAAUGAGCGCAUCGAUCACGUCGUCACCAUCAUCGGCGACAUAGGUGUUUUCAAUGGGCGGGACACGAUCAGUAGCACGGUGGCCGCCAUCAAGACGGACAUCACCAAGCUGCAGACGAGACCGGACGCCGCUACAAAGACUUACACGAUGCCGCACUUCGACAUCAGCAAGUUCGACGACUACAACAAGUCGGACGCCUUGACAUGGUGGCAACGUUUCCUCACGGAAGCAUCAUGCCGCACUGUCCCGGCAGACGACAUGAUGAAGGCACUCUACUWKCAACUAAUUGGAGGAGCGCAGGCUUGGAUGAACCAUCUGGCGGCUACCAACAAAUGCACCAUCGCCGACCUCCACACGCACAUCACGUGGAAUGAGUUCGAGAAGCUAUGGUUCACCCGGUUCAUGGUCCGCAACGUCGUGAAGGCGGCCAUGAACGAGGUGUACACCUGCUCUCAAGGAAAUAUGCCAACUCGAGACUGGACAACCAAGUGGCAGAAGAUAGUGACCACACCAGGGUUCGAUUUGAGUUUUCCAAAUCAACGAUCCGAGUUCUUCUCGCGAUCGUGCGUGGGACUGCGGUCGGCACUCGACAACGAGUACGACUAUGACACGUUCCAGGCCAUUCUGGAUCGUGCGAACUUAGUCAUCCAAACGGAUGACAAGGCCGCAAACGAACGGUAGUCCCAGCCGCAUUAUGUGGCUAAGCAGGGCUAUCAACGUCA